UUGGGCGGUGUGUGUGUGUAUAUAAGCAGCAGACGGACCGUCACACUCCAGUACGAACCCUCCAGCAUGUUGUGUCCCAGCGUCUUCCAGCAGUCCCCCUUCACGAUGCGGCCUCUCCUGGACCGGACCUGGCCCGUCCGCAGCCUGUGGCCCGAGACCCGCCCGCUCCUCCACCUGGUGGAGCAGGAGGUGAUGCGCCACCUGCUGGAGAUGAAGCAGAGCAUGGAGCACAUGGAGAGGCUUCACCAGAGGAUCUUCGAGGAGCUCGACCGGACCUGCUCCCAGUCCUGGUCCCAGACCUGGUCCCAGAGGGGGCCCUUCCAGCCCAUCACGGUCCAGGAGCUGGGGAGUGUCGGUGGCGGCUUCGCCCUCAGUCUGGACACGGAGGCGUUCUCCCCGGAGGAGCUGUCCGUCAAACAGGUGGGCAGGAAGCUGAGGGUCAGCGGCCGGACGGAGAGCAAGCAGGAGGACGCCUCCUCCACCUGCUCCUCCUCCUCCACCUCCUCCACCCCCACCUCCUCCUCCUCCUCCUUCAGGUGUGAGGAGUUCAGGCAGGAGUUCCAGCUGCCGGACGGCGUCGACCACGAGGCCGUCACCUGCUCGCUGGUGGGGGGGCGGCUGCAGAUCUUGGCCCCCCCACGGGAGAGAGCACUGCAUGAUGGGAAGGAGAGGCUGGUACCCAUCAGCCUCACCGCGGCCCCAGCCAUCACCUCCUCCACCUCCACCUCCUUGUCAGAGAGCAGCCCUGCUGAGAAGAACUGA